GUUUCAAUUUUUUUUUAAUUGAAAUUGAAAUUAACAGAAUAAAGUAAUCAUUGAAAAUUUACGAAUUUCAAUCUCAUCGAUGCAAUAAAAACAGUGAUGAACAAAUGUACCAAGCAGAUUGAUGCUGCCGCUGUUUGCCCUCGACAAUCAUCAUCAGCAAACUAAUAAUGAAAAUAAUGAAAAUGAAAUGUUCGAAACUCUUUUUUUCAUUUCGUUAUUUGAAGCUGACAUGCGUGUUCAGGCGUUUGUCUCUUUCUGUUGCAAUAUUUACCUUUUUUCGGCAUUUGUGUCUCCACCUUUAUAAAUUUAAAAUUCAUCAAUUUUUUUGUCAUUAAUAAUGAUAUAUUACUGUUGACGACGACAAAUGUUGCGUUUUUGCUGUCUGACCAAAAUUGUUGCCCACAUACAAAUCGAAAAUUAGUUUAUCCAGAAAAGAAGAAUUAAUUCGAAUGUCUGUCCGAUGUGUUGAUCAGUUUUUUUGGAAUUUUAUCGCGCCAAUCCUCCAUCCGUAUGUUCACCAUUUACGAAGGCCGAUCGUAUUUUUUAAAUGCAAAAUCAGAAAAAUUGAACGCGAUUCCAUUUUGGAAUUGAAAGUCGCCAACGCUUUUUUGAACAUAAAAAUGUUACGCCAUCUAUUUCGAUCUAUGGAUGAAUUUUGAUUCUAUCGUGUCUUGGUUUCGACAAUGUUUCGAAAAAAGCUUCGUUUUCUUCUCAUGAAGACAAAUGGACAAAAUUUAUAGCUAUUUAUUCAAGUGAUUCACAAGCGGCAAAACUUGAAAAAGACGAAACUGAACCAUCAUUUUCAAUUAAAAACUAAAUCAAUCGAUCGAUUCGAUGCAUUUGUUGCAGCAAUGAUCAUCACACCAUAGAGCGGCAAACAUCUUAUGAAAAAUUAUUCGUAACAAAAAAAAGCAGAGAAUUUUUCCUCGCCUAUUUGAAACAACCGGGCAAACCGAGCAAAUCAACGAAAAUUGGAAUCACCGUUACGUGUGUCAUAAUAUUUGGUUUCCUCGAAGAAGAGUGUUUUAAUCAUUUACCAUAGUUAUUGAUAAAAAUGGCCAUAUUCUAUCGCAUGAAAGUUGUAUUCUGAAACAAGAAAGAAACCCAAUCACCAAAAUCAUGUGAAAUUACCGAAAAAUUUGCAUUUUUGAAAAAAAAAAACGAGAAUGGUAAGAUUACGACUAAUAAAACAGUCAUUGUCCAACAUGGCAAUAUUAUCGUCGUUAUUGUUUUUGUUGAUAAUAUCACCAUAUUGCUCAUCGUUGCCUUAUUCAUCAUCGUCAUCAUCAUCAGCAUCAUCAUCAUCAUCUUCAUCUUCAUCGAAAUCACAUCGUUUACGCGGAUUAUCAUCACGAACAGCUGCGUAUCCAACCCGUACGAUAUCAUCACGUUAUUAUCAGACUUCAAAUUCAUCGAUAUCAUCAUUACAUCAGCCUCCAAUGAAUCAUAAUCAAAUAACACAAUCAACAUCAUCGUCAUCAAAAGUUCAUGGUGCUGUUGAUUGUAUAAUGGCAAUACAUAAUGAAAUAUCCUGGUGUAAUCAAUCAUACCAUCAAUCGUUAACACAAGCUAUAAUUAAAGGUUAUCGCAAAGAAUCACGUGUUUAUCGUCGUCAAUAUUGUUGUGGUCAUUGGUCAUUACAACGUUGUAUAUUUACCGUAAUGCAACGUAAAUGUGACCAAGAAACAUAUGACAAAAUUCGCGAUGCACGUUCAAUGGAAUGGAAUACACAACAACAAAAUCAACAAAUCAAUUGUGAUGAUUAUGAACAUAAUUCACCCAUUUGUUCUUCAACUACUACUACCACUGUCAAUCAUUGGGUCAUUUCGAUAUCAACCAUCAUCAUUAUUCUGAAAUUCUUGACAAAGAUUUGAUGAUUAUUUCCAUUCCAGAUAGAUAAAAUGAAAAAAAC